AUGAGGGGUGUACAAGUAAUUGAAGUGAAGAUACGAAGUGCUAGCUCCAAGAUCCGAGCAUCUAACAUUGGCGACUUUGAGCCUGCGAUUGUUCUUGGACGGUCGCCAGACUGGCAGAAAAAAGAUGUAUGGUCCGGAAUUGUGCCGGUUUAUGAAUAUUUCGGCAAUCCGGUAGCAAGUGGGGUGAUGGAUGGAGUGAAGAGGACAGAUAUUACGGAUGAUGAGGAGCGAUUAAAGCUGGUUCGACUGAACAAGAACGAAAAUUCAAAGGAGUACUCUGAGAAAGCUGCCGCUGCUGGUGCGGUAGAACAGGACAUGAAAGAACGGGUGCGGGAAUGGGAGCAAACAUUGUAG